AUGGACUCGGAGAACCGGGUGGUGCUGAACGUUGGCGGUAUCCGGCACGAGACGUACAAGGCGACGCUAAAGAAGAUUCCGGCCACCCGGCUCUCGCGGCUAACGGAGGCCCUGGCCAACUACGAUCCGAUCCUGAACGAGUACUUCUUCGACCGCCACCCGGGGGUGUUCGCCCAGGUGCUCAACUACUACCGCACCGGCAAGCUGCACUAUCCGACCGACGUCUGUGGUCCACUGUUCGAGGAGGAGCUCGAGUUCUGGGGUCUCGACUCCAACCAGGUGGAACCGUGCUGCUGGAUGACCUACACGCAGCGUGCCCGGAGUUCGGCCGUUCGGAGUGACCGGAACCGGUUCGUCGAUCGAUACCAAGCGGGCCGGGAUUCACCCGGCGUGCCCGACGGCGGAAAUGAGAAAACGCAAACGCAUCAAACCGUAGCGUGGACGUAG